UGAAGCCAAAUCACCUGAGGAGCAGAGGAAGGUAUUAGAGCCUGCUAGGUCUGGCAAUUAACCUGACUUCAAGAUGUCGGAGGAAGAAGAUUCUAUUCUGAACAUUAAAAGAUCUCUGAAAAAGAGAAUGGUGAAACACAGCACUCCAGUGGAUUCAAUGCUUUCAGGAUCAAUGCCAUCUCUUAUGGAUCUGACAAAUCAGUCAAUCCAGGACCAAAAUUCCAGCAAGAAAAUCUAUGGAUCUCCAGUGCCAGAAUCAAAUCUAAGUAGAUCAUUAGCUCAAGUAUCAUUCGCACGUGUUGAAGUGUAUUUCCCUCAUGUGUCCCCAAAAAGGCUUUCAACAGUGUUUGACUCGCAAAAAUCAAAUGAAGAGAUAGGCCAAAGCUCUCGGGUUGUGUUUUCUAGGGGGAGGCUUUCCACAGUGUUGGCCUCUGAUGAAUCACAUGAAGACCCAAAUGACAAGGUUGUGCCAAGCUUGGAAACUCAGUCUCCCACCAAAGCAACUGAGGAGGCUGCAGUAAUUCCUGACAGUGGACCUUCAUGGCUUCUUACUGGAAUACCAGGGAUUAAAGAUAUCCCAAUAGUAAAAAAAAGAAAGAAGAAAAUUGAUAAAGCUCUUGUGAGAAAGAAGGAAAGAGAAUGGGUGCUCCGUCAACUUAAAAAUAUUGACGAAGCAACUGAACAUGAGCUGACCAUUGAAGAUGAUUGAACUACUUAUGGCAUUGGUGCUAUCGCAUCCAGCUGGUGGGAAUAGCUGGUUCCAAUAAAUCACACACCUGACUAAGGUA